AACAGGACGAUGGUUCUUGUCUCCGUCAGCCUGGAUGAGGAUUUAGUUUUACAGUAGCUGCCCCGCUUUGUGGCCUUGAGGAUGUACGGCGAUGGAGAAGGCACUGUGUGGGACCGGGUCGGACGUCCCCACCGUGACUGUAUGUGCUACCUUGGACCUCCUACUACUUUGAUGCCGAUCGGGAUGCGCAAGUCGCCCGACGUGAGCCCCAGAAGGCUAUCGGACAUCAGCCCUCAGCUCAGACAACUCAAGUACCUGGUGGUGGACGAGGCCAUCAAAGAGGACCUCAAGUCCUCCCGCUCAGUUGAGGACAUCAACAGCGCGUCCAUAGAGGAGCGAAUAUUGCGGAUCACCGGCUAUUAUGGAUAUCAGCCUUGGAGUGCGAGCUACAAGAGAGAAGACCGCACCAGGGAGAAUGUCGUGGGCACCACAGAUCCACAGUCGGCUGGUGGCGCGGCAGGAGCAGAGUCUGGCUCCAACAGACGGAGGCUCCACUGCUGCAUCAGAGUAACAACUGUACAGGUGCGGAAGGCCCUGUGGGGAGUCGCCAUGGUGAUGUGUGUGUGCUCGUCCUGGGCAGGCUCCACCCAGCUGGCCAAGCUGACCUUCAAGCAGUUUGACGCCCCCUUCACCCUCACCUGGUUCGCCACCACCUGGAACUGCCUCUUCUUUCCCCUCUAUUACAUUGGCCACCUGUGCAAGAGUCCAGAGAGGCAGACGCCCAGACAGAGAUUCAGGGAGUGCUGUAGGUUUUUCGGGGACGACGGGCUGACACCCAAGGUAUUUUUCACCAAGGUAGCUCCCUUUGGCCUGCUGUGGAUCCUCACCAACUACCUGUACCUGCAGGCCCUCAGGAAGAUCAACACAACAGACGUGUCAGCGCUCUUCUGUUGUAACAAGGCCUUCGUCUUCCUGCUCUCUUGGAUUGUACUCAGAGACCGCUUCAUGGGGGUCAGGAUAGUAGCUGCUAUCUUGGCCAUAGCAGGCAUCGUAAUGAUGACCUAUGCUGAUGGAUUCCACAGCCACUCGGUCAUCGGCAUCACUUUGGUCGUGGCCUCUGCUUCGAUGUCAGCGCUCUACAAGGUGCUCUUCAAAAUGGUCCUGGGCAGUGCCAAAUUUGGUGAGGCUGCACUCUUUCUCAGCAUUGUUGGAAGCGCCAACUUUGUUUUCAUCAGCUUUGUGCCAGUCAUCCUGUAUUUUACACAUGUGGAGUACAUUGGCUCACCUGAAGACAUCCCUUGGGCCUACCUCUGUGGGGUUGCAGGCCUGCUUUUUGCUUUCAACAUCCUGGUAAACUUUGGCAUUGCGAUAACAUACCCAACAUUAAUCUCCCUUGGCAUCGUCCUAAGUGUUCCUGUAAAUGCCAUGGUGGACCUCUAUACAUGUGAAAUUCAUUUCAACACAGUGCGCCUCAUUGCUGUGUUCAUCAUUUGCCUGGGCUUCCUCAUGCUGCUGUUACCGGAGGACUGGGACCAGUGCAUCAUCCAGCUCAGCACCAAGCUGCGCAAACGUGACGAGCCAGCAGAGGGCAGUGGAGAGGCAGGCGCCACCACAGGGCUCAACUGGAGAGGGAGAACCAGGACCUCCAUGUCAACAUUUGCACAUUGA